CAAAUAAAAUGUUUUGUUAUUGAUUUGAUGAAUGGCGUUUAUUUCUCUGCUGUGUGCCUUCAAAGGGUUAUCAAAGGGUUAUCAAAGGGUUAUCAAAGGGUUAUGUCACAUAUAGUUCAUAUCAUCUGUUUGAAAUCAUUGAUCUUUGUUGUUUGUUCCUCUUUAAAACAAAUAAACAAACUGUCAGUGAGGCUUGACUCUGAUCAACUUUAAUUUGAAAAUCUUGCACUUCCGGUUAAGCAGUCGCUUUCCCGGCUCACUCGGAGUCUUGUUACCAUAGCGACGCAGCAGCGGACACAGGAAGCAGCCAGACCGGAAACAAAAAGCAAACGACAAACAACAACAACGACAUGUCAUCACCUAGGAUGGGUGUGGUCAGAGACUCCAUGUUGACCAAUCCGCUGAUGAUCAAGGCGACUCUCGGUCAGUCCAGGUCCAGAUGUUUUUCACUUUCUGGUCCUUUUACUUUUGGAACCAGCAGCAGCUCAAGGCAGAAUGGAGGCGUGGCCGAAGUUCUGUCCAGCUGGAGGGUUCAGCCCAGACGAGAAGAGUUGGCUCCUCACAGGGUUGUGGUUCCGGACUUCGUGUCUCUGAACCGAAACGCGGUGAAGGCCGGACUGGUCUCGUCCAGUGAGGUGCGUCAGUACCGGGCCCAGGUGGGGGGGGGCAAGACAAAGCAUCCAACAUCCAAACAGCAGGAAGGCGGGGCUUCACAGCAGCUGGUAGUUCCUGACAUCACAACCAGGCCGUCGUCUCCUCUGUCAGACCUCCUCUCUCAUCAGUACGCUCGCCGCUGGAAGGACGAGCAGCUGAGCAGGAUUCAAACCAGCAACCACCACCAGCAGCUCAGGAUGAAACCAGGUUCUGACACCAGGACCAGUCUUCUGAGGAGGAGCAGACCUCUUCCUGCCACACGACCCCUGUUCAGACUGCAGCACUUCACCCAGGUGCCUCCUGCUGUCGACAGCUUCAGGGACCAGCAGGGGGCAGCAGGCUCCAAGUACUGAACCUGUGGGAUCAUCUUCACAAUAAAACCUGAAAUAAAAUAAAAUGUUGUUGUCUAUGUGUCCAGACCUGUAAAGAGAUAUGUGU